AUGAGAUUUUUAAAGGGAAUUAUAACAACCAUGCUUAUAUUGGAUAGUUUACUUUUUGGAUAUAUCUUUACUGUAAGAAGGAAAGGAAAAGGAAAAGACCAGAAAAUAUUACUAAAAGACAUAGAAUUUAUUAGUGAGACUAGUAGUACAUCGGAUUCUUACAGUCCUAUAAGCAGUGAAAAUUCAAAUAUGCAAUUUCCACAGGAAGACUACAGUUCCACUUUCAAUAGAAAAAGAGCACACACAGACAGUAAAAAAUUAAUUAGCCUAUACAACAAAAAGUCGAAAGAAGUUCUUAGAAAGAGAAUAGAAAAUAUAAUCUACAAAUCACAGCCACAGCCAUAUAGAAUGACUUGCAAUGCAGAUUACCAGAAUAAGAUUGAAGAAAAUCGUGCACAAAUGUUUUCAAAUAAUAGGUCUCUUGACCAGAUGGGUGAUACUGAGAAUAUUGUAUAUAUAAGUGCUAGCCCACAGGUAAAUAUAGUAAGAAGCAAAGUGCCCACUCAAAAUAAUUCAAGAAGAAAUAUUUCACAUGAAGAAGCACUUUUCCUAGAAUUUAAAAGACAUAAUAGUCAAUAUAUUAGUGAGGAUACUAGUGAAUAUAAUGAUGGAAUAAGGGAAGAAACAAGAACAGGUGAAAAUGACCUUGAAAGAUUAGAAAAGGAAAAACAAAAACAAAAACUUCUUAAAAUACUUGAAUAUCAAGAAAAAAUAGCAAAACAGCAAGAAAAAAUAUUAGAAGAACAAAGAUUAGAUAUAGAAGAAAGUAAAAGAGAAAGAUUAGAAGAAGAGAGAAAACAAUUAGUAUUAGAGCAAGAAAGAUUAGUAUUACAGCAAGAAAAAGAAAGAUUAGAGCAAGAAAGAGAAAGAAUACUGCAAGAAGAAAAACUAGAACAAAAAAGAGAAGAUGAAAAAUUUAAACAAGCUAUUCUGGAUAUAUUGUAUUCUAUAAAAGAACGCAUUCCAAUAGAUCUAAAAAGUGAAAUUGAAAAAAAACUUGCUGAAGAAGCCAAUACUUCAGAUAGUAUUCUUAAAGAAGUAACUGAUUCUGUGAAAAGUUCUGACGAUUUUUUAAAAAUGUUACCAUAUAUAGAUUCUAAUAUUAAACAUAUUUUAGACGAAAAUUCUAUUAAUAUGAAAAAAUUAGAUGAAUUACUUAAUUAUGUAAAAAAAAAUAAUAUUGAUACUGUUAUAGAUCUAUUGCUGAAUAAGAAGAUGUUAAUUAAUAAAAGUGAUCACGAUGCAUUUAUAGAGGGAAAAGACGAAACCAUAAACGAACUAAUAGUCGAAAUUGAAUAUUUGAAACAACAAAAUGAAAAAAAAACUCGAGAUGCUAGAAACCAAAAAGCGAGAAGACGUGAAUUUAAAGACAGAUGUGCAGCGUUGGAUAGACAUGUUAAAUUGACAAAACAGUUCUUACAUGAUGAUCGCAUACUCCAAGAAAAAAAGAUAAUCGACUUAUCUAGAGAUAAUAGAGAUGCCUACAACAAAAUUUCCGAACUACAGGACAUUUUAUCUAAAACAACUGCUGAAAAUCUAGAUUAUAUCGAAAAAUAUGAUGAGGUGUUUAAAGAGUUAGUUAAAAUGGAGAAAAUGGUAGAGAUAAAUGAUUCUAAGGCUAAAGAUGUCUAUAACUGCUUAAAAACUUUCUUAAAAAUAGAAGCAGAAUGA